AUGUGGCUAGAAGUACAGCUAAAGGACUUGGCUCUAGGUACAGCUUAUAGGCCAGAACACGUAGCCAUUGCGGAGGCACUUGAUGCGUUCAGUGAGUCAAUCAAUAACACGUGUCAAUCCGAUCUAACUUGCAUCCUGGGCAUCUUAGAUUGGCCCUCAGUUAAGAUAAAAAUGCUGGACAAUGCCACAUUGUUACUAAGACAGGCUAUAUUUAAGGAAAAAAAACUAACAGCCAAAAUCGUGUCGGCCGCUACUACAAGCGAAAAGCUAGUGCUAAAGGCGACUGAGGGAGGAUUAGCUCCAAGCAGCGAUGACAUGCCAGCUGGCGGACCAAAAACGCCACAACAGAUUGCAGCGCAACGUCGCUUGCAGCAAACGCAAGCUCAAGUCGAUGAAGUGGUUGAUAUAAUGAAAACGAACGUAGAGAAGGUAUUGGAGAGAGAUCAAAAGCUUUCGGAACUCGACGACAGGGCAGAUGCGCUGCAGCAAGGUGCGUCACAGUUCGAACAGCAGGCUGGAAAACUUAAAAGCAAAUUCUGGUUACAAAACUUAAAGAUGAUGAUAAUUGCUGCUGUUAUCGGAAUUAUUAUUUUAGCUCUUAUUAUUGGUGAGUAA